AUGGAGGGCUUUGUCUAUCCCCGCUUUGGCAUGUACCAGAGCUUCAGGGGUAACCUCACGCCAAGCCACAGCAGGGACCUAAUGGGGAAACAGCCCAACUGGAAGCAGACCAAAAGCAGUGGCAUUAGCCCCUUCCUCGGGGCACCCCUCAGCCCGCUCCCCUCUGACUGCCUGGGCAGCUACCGACAGGCCCAGCUCCAGGCCCUGCUGUCACAGGUGAGCCCCGAGCUGCACCGGGCCGACACCAAGGAGGUGGGUGUGCAGGUAAACCUGCAGGCUGAUGCUGCCGUGCAGUGCUCGCUGGAGCUGCACACGCUGCCCGUCAGCUGCCCCCACGGCCCGGCUGCCCUCUGCGCCCCAGGGUGCCUUGCCCUCUACUCACCCUUGCGGGACCGCUGCCUCUUCACACUGCCUGAGGCUGCCAGGCCCCAGGAGAAGGGAGAGUCAUCUGAAAAGACCCCUGAGGAGCAGAAGGUGAAGGAUGGUGGCAGGGAGCAGCAGGUGGGCCAAGCAGAGGCUGCUGUGCCGAGGGAGAAGGCAGCGGAGGUGCCACGGGAGGAGGCCGUGGCCCCCAGACGACAGACUGCCUUCCAGUUUCUGGAGCAGAAGUAUGGCUAUUUCCACUGUAAAGACUGCAAGACCAGAUGGGAGAGUGCCUACGUGUGGUGCAUUUCUGGAAGCAACAAGGUAUACUUCAAGCAGCUCUGUCGCAGAUGCCAAAAGGGCUUCAAUCCCUAUCGAGUGGAAGCAAUCCAGUGCCAGACCUGUUCAAAGACUCGUUGUUCCUGCCCUUGGAAGAAAAGACAUGUUGAUAUCAAGAAGCCUCAUCGCCAAGAGCUCUGUGGCCGUUGCAAAGGCAAGAGGCUGUCCUGUGGCAACACUUACAGCUUCAAAUACAUUGUCUGAUCACUGUGCCCUCUUCUGUUCGUGCAUUGCACUCUGUCAAUCUCUUGCAAUGUUUUGACUUUAGGCUUUUGACCUGGCAUUGGAUAAUGGAUAAAGACUUUUGUAUUAUUUAUAGAAUAUAUAAUGGGUAAAGACUUUUGUAUUAUUUAUGAAGUGUAUAACUUAAUUGAACUUUACUCACAGCAUAUGUACAAUAAACAUUUGCACUACUUUGCUACCCCUUAGUUUCAUCUUGCUGGAAUGAAAGAGGGAAAAUUACAUCUGGAAGGAAAUGGAACCAGUUUGAUUUCUUAACAAAAAGAGGUUUUGGUUUCAGCUGCCUUUAGGGAAUGCUAAAAUUAAAACUGUGAGAGC